GAAAUUGAAUGCAAACACAGUAUUAAUGAGCAAAAGAGUGCUAUUUAUGGGGAAAUUGUUGUCAAGUGAUCGACGCAUACAUACAGUGACUGCAGGAGAGAGUGAUUGCAAUCAAAUGGUUAUCAUAUCGUAAACAAAGCGAUCGUUUGGUUUCAACGCUUGUCUGCAAUACUGUUUCAGUCAUUGAAAGAGUCACUCAUUUCUGUCUCCAAUCUAUCAAUCGAUACGUCGUUUUGUUGUUGUCUUUCAUUUGAGUGAACAAAACAAUCAGCAAAUAUGGUCUCCGGAGGAAUGUCUUGCGUUAAAUACCUGUUAUUCGCGUUCAAUCUGGUGUUUGUGAUCUUCGGUAUACUGUUGUUGUACUCGGGAUUCAAGACCAUCGCUAAGAUCGAUGACUAUCAUCUGGUUCUGGAGGACGCGCCGCACAAC